AAAAGAAAUGAACGAAUUUUAAAUUUUCAUUCGUUGCAACAAGUGUUUUGUUGUUUGUAUAUCUUCUCAAGUUAAUAAAUAUUUGAACGUGUUACAGAAAUAUAGUAAAUAACAAUAAAAUUAUAAUGAGUGUAAACAUUAAAGAACAAUGGCUCUCAUCAGUUACAGACCAAUUGGAGGCAUUUUACACGAGCGUGGACGAAAAAAUCGAAAAGGAGCAGCAACAAUUGAAAGCUAGUAAGAAACAAACUGAAUUAGAGAUGAAAUUGGCCCACGAAUUAAAGUUGAACCAUGAGCUAACAGAACGUUUAGCUGAGCUAUCACGUCGCAGUAGUGAGCUGGACAGAGUAUGUGCUGCUUUUGAAUCUCGCCUCACCAUUGCAGAUAGUGACCGGAACAGACUCGAUAAUGCAAAGGAGAUGUAUCAACUUGCCAAAGAGUUGACGGGCAUUAGACUGGACUUCAGUGCACCACAAAAUGUUUGCAAAGGCUAUGUGAAGAGUGAGCAUCGUAAGCAAUUGCAACCGUUCGAGUUUCCUUCAAAAAAUGCGGAUGCGGCGCUUUGGGCGCUACUACAGUCCAUAUUUUUACCAGUGGGCGACGAAAAUACACCGCAUAAUAUUUAGUAGACCAUCUAUAGCAUUAAUUUUUUCAUUAUCAGGUUGAAUUAUCAAUGACGCAGAGUUGAAGCGAAAGUGAAAUGUAAAGCAUUGUAUUCAUCUCUGUUUCUAUUAUAUAAAUGUACAAAGAAUCGUGUCCAUUUUCCACGCAUUGAUUGACCUGUUAUGUGCUUUUUAAAGGUUGUGUCUAUCAUUAUUGAUAAUUUAGUUUUUACUAAAAUAACAACACAAUACAAUAUCUAAGCAUCUUUUCAUCUGGAGGCCAGGAAGUUUCAUAAUUAUUAAAUAAUAUUUUGAGAUUAUAUCAGCUGUCAUAAUUGUAAAGCUACUUUGAAAAUAAAAGCUUUUUAUAGAUUGACUCAUAAAUUUGGAAAUAAAUUAAUAUGUAAUUGUUUAAAUUAAUAUGUAAAUGUAAUUGUAAGUGGACUUUUUAACCUUAUGAUGAAAGAAUAUUUUUAUGUAGUAGAUGAAAUGAAACGUAGCAAACCGUAAUUGUAGGCUACAAAUUGCAUAUGGGCAACUUUUUGAGAAUAUUAAUCAGCCUCGCAAUUUUUAUCCUGACUUUAUUUUAAGACUUAAUUACAUGAUGUGAAAUAAAUAAAAAAUACAUUUUGAGAUAUAUCACUAUACAUACACACGCGUUAGUAAAUUUUUAGGUCAAAAUUGGACAUAAUUCUGUAAGUGAAAAUGAGCUUCAUAGAAGAAUAUUUCUCUAUGUUAAAGUUGGUUUGUUUUAAUACAAAGCACACUGAUGUGAAACUUAU